AUGGGCUGGCAGUACCUAAUAACAUCAUCAGCCUGGCGCAACACAGCACAAGCCUCAGUUGGUGGGGUGGGUAUAGUCCUGAGUCCAGAUGCAAGGAAAGUGAUCUUGAAUAUCAAGUCCGUCUCCAGUAGAAUUCUGCUAGCCAACCUUAGGAGCAAUCCAGUUACAAUGGUUAUACCAGCUUAUUCACCAACAAGAGCGGCGAUGGAGGAGGAUAUUGAAUCAUUUUACUCAGACCUUCAUGGCACAAUCAGCGAUGUUCCUGCCCAUAAUUUUCUUCUUAUCUUGGGUGAUUUUAACGGACACCUGGGUAAUAACAAGGUGCCAUUCUCAUACCAUGAGGAAUCUAACAGGAAUGAAGAAUAUCUCCUUGAAUUAAUGGAAGACCAUGCACUAAUAGCUUGCAACACUCAGUUCCAGAAAGCACCGAAGAAACUAUGGACUUGGAUCUCCCCUCCAAAUACCAACGGUGUCAGGCACAGGCAGCAAAUUGACUUCAUACUCACCCGACGGAAAUGGCGUAACAGUAUCUUGGACUGCCAAGCUUACAACUCACUAGCAAGCAUCAGUUCUGACCACAGGGCUCUGUUGGUCAAAGUGCGCCUCAGUCUCAAAGCACAGAAGAAGAAUGCACCAAGGGGUGUAAGCAAUCAGAAACAGAUUCCAGCUUCUUUUGGAUGA